GCCGCGGUUCGCCUUGAGCGAGAUGGAAACAACUCCCUGCCGCAUCCCAAGACAAACUACAUCAAGAAAACGCUCAAGUACAUCUUCGGUGGCUUCUGUUCGGUUCUUUGGGUCGGUACCAUCAUAUUCUUCCUCUGCUGGCAGCCCCUGAGCAGCCCCCCGUCGGCGCAGAAUCUGGCUCUUGCUGUCCUCAUCCUCAUCGUCAUCUUCCUUCAGGCUGGCUUCUCCGCCUUCCAGGACUGGUCGACCGCAAAGACCAUGAAUGCCAUCCUGGACCUGUUGCCGUCUUUUGCAUUGGUCAAGCGUGAUGGAGACCUCAAGAGCUUGCCCACCAUCAGCCUCGUGGCCGGCGACGUGGUUCAUCUCCAGGUUGGCGACAAAGUGCCAGCUGAUCUCCGCCUCAUCAGCCACUCUGGUGACAUCCGCUUCGAUCGAUCUGUCCUUACCGGUGAGUCGGAUGAGGUCGAGGGCGCCGUGGACCCGACCGACCGAAACUUCCUUGAGAGUCGCAAUAUCGCCUUGAUGGGUACAACCGUCAUGAACGGCAAUGGUGUCGGUGUGGUCGUCCUCACCGGUGCCCGAAGCGUCAUGGGCCGUAUCGCAAGCUCGACCGCCAGUGUCAAAGACUCUGCUGCCCUUAUCCAGAAAGAGAUCACUCGCUUUGUCAAAAUCAUCGUAUGCAUGACCAUCUUGCUUGCCUUGCUCAUCUUAUUGUCUUGGGCUGGCUGGCUGCGUGUCGACCAUCCUGGCUUCAUGAGUGUCCCCGCCAUGCUUGUCAACGUCAUGGCUUGCGUCGUGGCUUUCAUUCCCGAGGGUAUGCCUGUUGCUGUCGCGUUGACACUCAUGAUGGUUGCCCGUCGAAUGAAGGCCGUCAAUGUAUUGCCGAAAGGACUGUCGACUGUUGAGACACUGGGCUGCGUGAAUGUCAUUUGUUCAGACAAGACUGGCACUCUCACGCAGAACCAGAUGUUUGUCAACUCUGUUGCGUUUGUCGAUCACAGUCUUGACUCAGCCGAUGACUUCCAUCAUUUGCAUGAGGGAAUUGAGCCAAACCAUGCUGCGGUAGCGAUGCAUCGAGCGUCCCUCUUGUGCAACGACGCAUCGUUUGACCCAACCACGAUCCAUCUUCCCGUCCACAAACGAACAGUUCAAGGCAAUGCUACUGAUAGCGCCGUCUUUCGGUUUGCUGCAUCCGGUGCCUCUGGAGAUAGCCUCAGGAAGACAAACGCCCGCGUCUUCGAAAUCCCUUUCAACUCCAAAAACAAGUGGAUGCUGGCACUCUUCGAGUCGGAAGAUAAAAGAGGCAAAUACCGUGCCAUCAUCAAAGGUGCUCCGGACAUUCUUCUCGCUGGCUGCACUCAAUACUGGUCCUACGACUCUAAUUCGGUCCUCCCUCUUGACCAGGCUGCCCGCAGCAAGUUCCAGCACAUCCAAGACGAAGCUUCUCGCCGUGCUGAGAGAGUCAUUGUCCUGUGCGAGAAACUCAUCUCCCCCAACGCUAUCGCCGGAACGAACGCAUUCAGUGACGAAAUUACCCACUCCGUCGUUCAAAAUCUCACCAUUGUUGGCAUGCUCGGUAUCAUUGAUCCGCAUCGUCCUGAGAUUCCUGUUACUGUUGAGCAAUGUCGCCGCGCUGGAACCCGCUUCUUCAUGGUCACGGGCGAUUACGCGCUGACUGCGGCUGCGAUUGCUCGCAACACUGGCAUCUUCACUUGCAGCAGCGACCCCGAUACGAUCGACAGUCUCUAUAGUGGCGUUGAUAACAACGAGCUCAGCGAAAAACCAAAGUCCAAGAGGAAGAGGGAACGAGCUCCUCUGAUCAAGCGAAGCCUGCUCCUCGAAGGCUCAAAUCUGAGUCGCCUGACGCAAGAAAACUGGGACAUCGUGUGCGCCUACGACGAAAUUGUCUUUGCACGAACGACGCCAGAGCAAAAGCUGCGAAUCGUAAACGAGCUGCGCGCUCGCGACAACGUCGUCGCUGUUACAGGCGAUGGAGUCAACGAUGCUCCCGCACUGCGAGCCGCCGACGUUGGAGUCGCCAUCGUCACGGGCAGCGACGUUGCCAUCGAAGCGGCAGACUUGGUGCUUCUUGACCGUUUCGACUCCAUUAUUGAUGCUAUUCGCCUCGGUCGUCUUGUCUUCCAGAACCUUCAGAAAGUCAUCUCCUACCUCCUCCCCGCAGGCAGUUGGUCUGAAAUCUGGCCCGUCAUUCUCAACGUUUUCCUCGGCGUGCCCCUUCCACUGAGCGCGUUCCUGAUGAUUAUCAUUUGCGUCUUCACUGAUCUUUUCCUGAGUCUUUCUCUCAUCAUGGAGAAGGAAGAGUUCGACCUAUUGUCGCUGCCUCCUCGCAACCACAAACAUGACCAUCUGAUCAACGCCAAGAUCUACACCCAGGCGUACCUGUUCACGGGCUCCAUGGAGACAAUCAUUGCCCACUCAAUGUUCUUUCUCUACAUGUGGAAGUAUGCUAAGAUGCCCGUGAGCGAACUGUUCUUGCUUUUCGAGGGCUAUAAACCGGGAUAUCACGGCUACACCGAGGAUCAGCUAGUGCAGUUCAACAACACUGGACAAUGUGUCUACUUCGUCACUCUUGUCUUCUUGCAGUGGGGAAAUAUCCUCGCUGUGCGGAACCGGAGGUUGAGUAUCUUCCAGUCCAACCCGUUUACGAAGGAGAAGCAGAACCCUUGGUUGCUUCUCAGCAUGCUUAUCAGCUUGGUCAUUGCCGUCUUUGUUACCGAGGUGCCGGGGAUUCAGAAGCUUUUCGGAACCGCUUCGGUGCCGAUUGAGUUUUGGUUCAUCCCGAUCCCUCUAGGCCUUGGGAUUUUGUGUGUGGAUGAGAUUAGGAAGCUUAUCGUGAGGAAGUUCCCGGGCUCGUUCUUGGCCAAGAUCGCCUGGUGAGCGAAAUGCAAGGCGUCAUGGAAAAGGUGCAUCUACAGGCGUUUAAAUAUCCUACAUUAUUCUAAGUAGUUGAUAUUCAUGUUGUUGAC